AUGCCAACACCUGCCCCCUCCACUGCUCCAACUCCUGUCUUUGGUGACAAAGAUGCUUUGAUUGCAGCCCUGGAACAGGGUGACUACUCUGCCUCAGGUCCUUAUGGCUCCAUUCAAUCAUGGAGUGUACAGGCAGUUCAUAACUUUGACUCUUUGAUUAGUAAUCUCACAAAUGUGGCUGCCUUCAAUGGGGACGUGAGCAAUUGGGAUGUCAGUGGAGUAACUUCCAUGAACUCCGUCUUUUUAAAUGCAGCUGCAUUCAAUGUUCCGCUGAACAACUGGGUUGUAUCGAGCGUGACUGAUAUGACAAGUAUGUUUUACAAAUCAGCUUUCAACUCCGAUGUUUCAAGUUGGGAUGUCAGCAGCGUCACAAGCUUCGACAGUCUUUUCAGGGGGUCUUCCUUCAAUGCUCCACUGAACAACUGGGUUGUCUCCAGUGUCACUGAUAUGACAAAGACAUUUUGGAAUUCAGCUUUCAACUCGGAUGUUUCACGUUGGGAUGUCAGCAGUGUCACAAGCUUCUAUGGUAUUUUCAGAGGGACUCCCUUUAAUGGUGAUCUCAGUUCGUGGGAUACAAGUAGUGGUCAAGAAUUCCGGUCUGCAUUCAGUGCUGCUACAUCCUUCAAUGGUGACAUCAGCACGUGGGAUAUGAGUAGCGCAACAUCCAUUAAGGCUAUGCUCUAUGUGGCCUCUGCCUUCAAUGGCGACCUAAGUGCAUGGGAUACCAGUCGUGUUACAACCCUGCAAAAUGUCUUCUAUGGAGCAAGUUCCUUCAAUGGAGACUUAAGUUCAUGGGAUAUCAGUAGUGUGGAAAACUUGCAAGGGGCCUUCUAUGAAGCAACCUCCUUCAAUUGUAAUCUGAACUCAUGGGACGUUAGUAGGGUCACUACAAUGUAUCAGACCUUCAUGGGUGCUUCUAUUUUUGACCAGGAUUUGUGUGCUUGGGGCCCCAAAAUAUCUGGCACCUUUACUGUCACUAACUGUUUUGAUGGUACUUCUUGUCCCAUGACUGCUGUCCCUGAUCUGUCAGCGUCACCCAAGGGCCCCUUCUGCCAUGUUUGCCAGAGUCCCACAAAUGCGCCCACCAAGAUGCCAACAAAUACUCCAUCCAAAGCACCCACCAAGAUGCCAACAAAUACUCCAUCCAAAGACCCUACCACUGCACCUACCAAGGCUCCCACGACAAUGCCAACACCUGUCCCCUCCUCUGCUCCAACUCCUGUCUUUGGUGACAAAGAUGCUUUGAUUGCAGCCCUGGAACAGGGUGACUACUCUUCCUCAGGUCCUUAUGGCUCCAUUCAAUUGUGGAAUGUGCAAGCA